UGCAUUUGGUAGCAUUGUCUCUGCCAUGUAUAAAGAGUACUACGUUGGUAACUUAGUGUAGUAUUUUAGGCUCGGCAGAUGGAGAAGAUUGUGUUUUUUGAAGAUCGGGACUUCAAAGGAAAGUCCUAUGACUGCAAAGGGGACUCAGCAAACCUGCAUGGUUACAUCCGCCGAUGCAAUUCAGUGAAAGUAGAAGGUGGCUGGUGGGUUCUGUACGAACGCAACAACUUUACCGGCUACCAAUAUGUCAUUGGUCCAGGAGAGUACAAUAAUUACAGCUCCUGGAUGGGAUUCAAUGACUGUGUAAGAUCCUGCAGGAUCAUCAGAAAUCCCAAAGGGCCCUACAAGCUGAUGCUGUAUGAACGACUUAACUUUAUUGGCCAAUCUCUGGAGCUGACAGAAAGCAUAAAGUCAGUCCAGGAUAAAUGGCUCCGGCAAGAAGUCCAGUCCUGCAAGGUUCUAGAGGGGACCUGGGUGUUCUUUGAACACCCCAACUUCAGCGGCCGUCAGUACCUGCUGGAGAAAGGGGAGUACCACCACUGCUCAGAGUGGGGAGCUCUGAAAGCAGUUGUAGGCUCCAUCAGAAGAAUCAUAAAGGCUUAAAAUGUGACCUGUUAAAAAAAUAUAUUGUUUUAAUUUGAA